UUAAGACAACCGCUGGCAUAGCAGCAGCAGCGGGUUGCAAGCCACAGCGGCCCCGAUCCGCAAAAGCGGAUGCUUUUCCUCGCGCAAUGGGACCACUCGUGGGCAUCAAAACUAAAACUGGAGCCCUCCUCUUGACGCUUCCCUCUGCUACCGAAGGACGUCCCGCAGAAAUGGAUCCACCUAGCUGUAAUCUGCCUCGGUGCUGACUCCACCCAAAACCUCCCCACGGUUUUUUUGAGGCAGGUAAACCGUUGACCGCCCUGUUCAGAGGAACGUCGACUUCAGAGAUGGCUGGAGCUGCUGGGCCCGCACUCUGGGACCCAGUGACUUUUGACGAAGUGGCCAUCUACUUUUCCCCAGAGGAGUGGGCGGAGCUGGCGGAUUGGCAGAAAAGUCUCUAUAAGGAUGUGACGAGAGCCAGCUACGAGAUGCUGGUUUCAUUAGGCCUCACCUUGCAGAAGCCCGACAUCAUUUUGAGAAUCGAGCAAGGGGAGGAGCCUUGCGUUGGGAGACUCCAGACCUUGAAGUCAAGAGAGGUUGCACACCACGGCGUCUUCGAUGGCCAAAUCCUGGUUAAGAAAGAAUCCUGCCUCGAGGAGCGGCCACCAUGCUGUGUGGGGCACCCAGAGGUGCUGAAGGCAGGCCCGAACAACGGGACCUUCGGUGAAUCUUCCACAUGGCCAGGGAGCCACCUCGGGGCUGUGAAUGGAAUGGCCGCUCUGCCACCUUGGUCCAACAAGCUCCAGUGGCAGAACAUGCAGGCGCCCCCCGUGGAAUUUCAGGUGGGGCACCCAGGGGUCUCUGGCAGCACUUUCUGGCCUGGCGGUGUCACGGUGCCCCCACCUAGCACCCACGAGGAGACGCUGCUCAUCUGCACCCAGUGUCAGAAAUGUUUCCCUGCCCGCUCGGCUCGCGGCGCCCCCUCCGUGGGAGAAGCGACGCAAGUCUGCCCCGAGUGCGAGAGCAGCACCGGCCACAAGGGCGCUCCCGCCGCGCCAGACCCGCGAAGCCACAACACAAUGAUGCAGCCCUGCUCUUGCAGCCACUGUUCGGGGCUCGGCGUCCGCCAGAGAGUCCCUAAGGACGAGCGGCCCUACAAGUGUGGGAAGUGUGAGAAGAGCUUCCGCUUCGCCCACGAAUACACGUGGCACCAGAAGGUCCACGCCGGAGAGAAGAUCUACAAGUGCGGCGUGUGCGAGAAGGUCUUCCGCCACAAGCAGGAGCUGAUGUGGCACCAGCGGGCGCACACGGCCGAGUGGCCCCACAAGUGCGGGGUGUGCGGGAAGAACUUCCGCUUCAAGCAGGAGCUGACCUGGCACCAGAAGACGCACUCGGUGGAGCGCCCCUACAAGUGCGCCGAGUGCGAGAAGAGCUUCCGCUUCAAGCAGGAGUUCAUGUGGCACCAGCGGGCGCACGUCGGGGACCGCCCCUACAAGUGCGCCGAGUGCGAGAAGAGCUUCCGCUUCAAGCAGGAGUUCAGCUGGCACCAGAGGAGCCACGCCGGGGAGAAGACCUACAAGUGCCCCGGGUGUGACAAGAGCUUCCGCUACAAGCAAGAGUUCUACUGGCACCAGAGGAUCCACACGGGCGAGCAGCCCUACCCCUGUGCUUCCUGCGACUCCACCUUCACCUGCCGGCAGGAAUACAUGCGCCACCAGAGGCUGCAUGACGGCGAGAAGCCCUACCAGUGCCCACACUGCGAUAAGACCUUCCGGCGAGGGUCCACCCUGAUCAGGCACCGGCGGAUCCACAUGGGAGAGGGGCCGUUCAAGUGCUCCCACUGCGACAGGACCUUUGGCCAGAGUGCCAACCUCAUCAAGCACCAGAGGAUCCACACGCUGAAGGACGAGCCUGUGGAGAACGCCCACGGAGAAUGGGGCCCUUGUUUGCAGGGCGGGGGGGUCCCCUCUGUCCAGCCCGAGGCCGUCAGUGUGCUGAGCCUGAAGACGGUUUCCGUGGGGGCACUUCUCUUGCUGAAUCUCCAGGAGCCGAAGCAGGAGAAAGAUCCAGAGGGGAAUUCUUGGGAACCCCAAAUGUGA